AUGAAAAUUUUGCAUUUUUUCGUUUUUACGCUGCUUCAGCCCGCAGAGACUAAGAGACACGGGAAGAAAAGAAAACACAAAGAAACAGAGCCAAUUUGGUGUAGUUGCGGCGUCCGAAUCAUCCACGCUUCUCCCUUUGGUUCUCCCUCCCACUUCGCUGGCGCCGAGUUUCCAUGCUCAGAACCAUCCCUUCUUUCUCCAGACCGACCAGAAGACGAGCCCUACAAAGAAUUCAACUCGACGCACUGCCUUUCGCUCUCCGGAAGCUGCUUCAGAACCGUUCGUUUCGUUCGAAAAAGCCACGUCCCCGACUUUUCCCGCAGCACCGACGAGAGCGACUACCAUGUUCACAAGAAAGCGUACGGCUGCGUUCCUGAUGAUUUCUUCGCGAAAAUGACCAAGUGCCACAGCAAAGCGAGCGUUUUGACGGAAAGCGCGUGCUGCGAAGGGAACAAUUGCAACGCAGAAGAAUCGCUCGGGCCCACUGGAGCUGAACAGCGAGCUCAGAUGCGUUUGCGGCAAAUGUACAUGAUUUCUGGCGGCAUUGUGCUCGGCGUCGUGCUCAUGCUGAUGGUUCUGCUGAUAAUGCUCUGGAAGCCGAUAAGCAGGAAGAUCUGCACUCAAGUGAAAUACUACAAUUACUGCCAAUGGUCCCUGAAAGGUCAAAAUGCUGCUCAGCCCGACCCAGAAAACCAGAAACAAAUCGUCGUUGGAGGAAAAACUUGGACGCCUGAUCAAAAACAUGAAAUUGUCAGAAGAGAUUCGAACAGAAGCGACUCUGGAAUACAGUCAGAGCCAAGCCCUAACACUACUGUAUCGGUCGUGCCCUUGGACUUUUCAGAGAAUUCGGGCUCAGGUGCAGGUCCGGCCAACCUCGUUCAGCGCACGAUUUCACGCCAGAUAACCCUUUUGGAGAUCAAAGGAAAGGGCAGGUACGGAGAAGUGUAUCACGGCCGGUGGCAAGGAACAGAUGUCGCGGUCAAGAAGUUCUACUCCUGGGACGAUAUUUCUUGGGCCAGAGAAUGCAGCAUCUAUACGACCUCGAUGCUCCGCCACAGCAAUAUUCUUGGCUUCGUCGCCGCCGACAAUAAAGACAACGGUCACACGACUGAGCUUUGGCUGAUCACCGACUACCACCACAACGGAUCGUUGUUCGACUAUCUUCAUUCGCAUGUUUUGACGAUGGAGCAGUGCAUGACCAUGAUUUUCUCAGCGAUCUCGGGGCUGGAAUUUCUACACAAGGAGAUCUUCGGAACUCGUGGGAAGUGUGCCAUCGCGCACCGGGAUAUCAAGAGCAAGAACAUUCUGGUCAAAUCAAACGGCGAAUGCGUAAUCGGCGAUCUCGGCCUCGCGAUCCGCUACGACUCCAAAACUCACCAGCUCGACCUUCCAACUUUCACCUCCGACCCAAUCGUCGUGGGAACAAAGCGCUACCUCGCUCCAGAAAUCAUCACUCGAACUUUGAAUCCUGAAAAUUUCAGCGCUUACGCCCGUGCGGAUAUUUACGGAUUGGGACUGGUCUUCUGGGAGAUUAUUUCAAGAACAAGGCUUUUCGAAAACCACGACGUUGCUCCUUACAAGCUGCCUUUUGAAGACCAAGUUCCAGGAGACCCGACGCUUUCAGACAUGAAAGCAGUCGUCGUUGAUCGCGCUUAUCGACCUGUUUUCAGCAGCGCUCUAGAAACGCACACGAUCGGACGAGACCUAAUGCGCUUAGUCGAAGAGUGCUGGAUGGAAAGCCCCGAAGCGCGACUGACGCCAAUGAGGAUACGUAUGACGGCGCAGAAACUCAUGAAGUUGUAA